AUGGCGACGACGGCGGAGGAAAUCAGCGGGCUGCUGAGCGAAAACGAGCAUGCGUUGAUUGGGGAAUUGCAAGGUAAAUAUGACUUUAUAAAUUUUAACGACAUGAAAAAUUACAAAGAGAAAAAGUUCCACCACGAAUUGACAUUGGAAGUACAAAAAUUUAUUAACAAUAAGAAUGUGCAAGUGAAGGACAAGUUUAGACUUUUCUAUACGUACCUGUCUCCCCUAAUAAGCAAACUAAAGAAGACGAUAUACGCAGAGUUGCUUUACAUCGUGACGGCCAAGUUUGAUGCAAAUUGGACCAUCUGCUACUUGAAGGAAUCUGAACAGCACCUGGAAAAUGACAAGGACGCCAUUAUCAUAUAUAGAUGUAUCCUGAUACUGAAAUAUAUUGAAUUAGGCGAUUUUAAAAGCUGCGAAAAUGAAAUUGAGAGUACAAAGAAUCUGCUGCAAGGGGUAAUUGGAUUGAAUGUAGUAGCACAUAAGUUUUAUAACUUUGCCAUUAUGAACUAUUAUAAAGUGUUAAGUAAAUCGGACUUGUUCGUUAAGUAUGCCCUGCUGUACUUAGCGUAUACUCCCUUGAAUGAUUUGGACGAGGCAGAGAAAAUCGAUAUAGGUACACAUAUCUGCAUGCACUCGAUAAUAAGUGAAGACGUGUAUAACAUAGGGGAAAUCAUCCAGCUGCCACUCAUCAAUGUAUGUUUAAAAAAUAAUGAACAGACCAACUGGCUGUAUGAACUAAUAUAUGUUUACAAUGAAGGUAAUAUAGAAGUCUUUAACCAAGUGGUACAGACGUACGAGGCGAAUAUUAAAAAUUCGCUUCUCAAAGAUUAUGAAAAAAAUAUGCUGAAGAAAAUUACCCUGCUAGCCCUCAUGGAUCUAGCUUUUAAAAAAAAAAAACAAAGGUCAGACAUUUCGUUCGAAGAAAUUGCACAGCACUGCAAAGUGGAUGUGAACGAUGUGGAGAAAAUGCUCAUCACGGCUAAGAGCAAAAAUAUUAUUACGUGUCAAAUUGACGAAAUUCAAAAGUCAGUUAAAAUUACGUGGGUGAAACCACGAGUGCUCAACGAUGAAAAAAUUUUCUUCAUGAAGGAGAGCAUAGACAAGUGGAUCACACAUUCAAAGAACUUGCUCACCUACAUGGAGGAUCUUUCUGUUGAGCUGUUAAUAUCGUAG